AUGACUCCUCCAGCCAAGCGCACCAAGGUCGAGAUCAAAGAGAGCUCCAGCCCUACUUCCAGACCACGUUUUGCCGUCGGCGACAAGGUCUACAAGACUGGCCUUCAAGGCACAGGCAGAAUGACGGCCUUUAAGGUUACCGAGAUGACUCCAGGCGAAAAGGAGUGGGCAUACACCGUCGAAAACAAGGACUUCCUGGGCGAGGGCACUGUUAUGGUGGUUCCAGAGACCCAGCUGUACACUGUCAACUUCAAAGUGGAAGAUACCUCCGGGAAGUCGUCCGCUGUGGCCAAGAUCGUCGACUGGGGCUUUGAUGACGUUGAAAGGGGGGUUGGAUAUUUGCUCGAGUUCGACAAAAUCAUCACUCGCUACGACCCGAUUCCAGAGUCCGUUCAGGUUGGCGAAAAGGGCAAAUUCUACCGCUCCGGUCACAAGGCGAAAGUGAUCAGCCGCAAUGGUGAGGCCUUUCUUGCCACCGAGUUCGUUACCCCAAAUUGUGCGGUUACUGAAGACAAGCUUGGAGAGCCACUCAAGUGA